GUUGAUACAUUUGAAAUAUAGAGCGUAGAAGCGGUUGAUGAAUCGCAGUUUCGGGUUUUGCCACGAUUAUUAUUUGAACAGAUGCAAGACCGUUGCGUAAACAAAUGGUUUAGUCCGAUUCGGUGCAGUUUCUAAUGAGUAUAUUUCACGUUCUUAUCUAAGAUUGUCCUACGCACUUGAUUGGAGCAGACAAAGUUUUGAUCGAUUAUGCAUUUCCUCAACAAAAAAUCCGAUGACGUUGAAAAAUGGAAGGGUCACAGUUAUGGAUGUGCUUUGAUGAACGACGCACAAGGCACCGUAUUUGGACUGAUUUUAAAAGUAAUGGCGCUCGCUUUUAGGCGAUAUUGGAGGCUACUCUGGGUGUGCUUCAUUCUCAGUGGAAUCUUUUGUAUUUGUUUCAUUAUUUUUCAAAACAAUGAACCAUCGAUUGAAAUUCGUGACGAGGCACCCGUUGCGAGUCGUCAAAAUGUUUUCUAUCAAUCUUUAAGUGAGAAACUGGCAUUGCCAUUAUUUCAUCCGAAGCAAUUGAAGAUUGAAAAUAAAGAGAAACCAAAAAAUUCACCAAUAUCGAAAGAAAUUCAGCGAAGUAAACAUACCCAAAUUAAGAAACCAAUCGAUAUCGAUGUGAGGAAACUUGUUGAAAUCGAGAAGCAUGCUAAGAAACCACAAAGAGCUCAAAAUCAUGGUGAAAUAUUGAAUAAAGUGUUUGAUAAAAAAUUCGACAGCAAUAAUAAGUUAGAACAAAAACACAGUUCGCGGGAAAUAAUCGCACAAAAAUCUAUUAAAAUUGAUAGAAAAAAGCCAGUCGAAGUCAGCGGUAGUGUUUUGAAACACACCAAUUCAAGAGGUCGAAUUGUACAAGACCAAAUGAAAAUGAGAUUCAAAGUUAAAAUACAGGACAAGAAUAAACGACUGCCAAAAUAUUAUGACGAUAAUUUACGACCAAACUGGACGUUCAAUAUAUCGCGAGAAUACGAUGAUAAAUUAUUACGUCAAUGGACUGAGCCAAUUGCAGUGAAUGUAGAAGACCCAUCGGCUCCAGGAGAAAAUGGAAGUGGAUUUGUUGCAUCAAAAGAUGAGGAAGAACUUAUGCAGAAGCUCAAGCACGAACACAACUACAAUGUUCUGGCAUCCAAUCGAAUUUCAUUGCAUCGAUCAUUGCCCGACUCUCGAUCGUCCGAGUGUCUAAAUCUCAUUUAUCCCACAAAGCUGCCCACAGUAAGUGUGGUGAUUGUAUUUCACAACGAAAUUUGGUCAACAUUAUUCCGAACGGUAUGGAGUAUAAUUGAUCGAUCACCGCCUGAGCUAAUUGAGGAAAUAAUCCUAGUAGAUGAUGCAAGCACAUGGGAUUUUCUUCAAGGACCACUUGAUAAUUAUAUCAAAACACUACCAGCCAAAGUGAAAGUCCUUCGAAUAGCAAAACGUGAAGGUUUGAUUCGGGCACGUUUAGUUGGCUCUAGAAUUGCUAAGGGAAGCGUUCUCACUUUCUUUGACGCUCACAUGGAAUGUUCACCCGGCUGGUUGCCACCAGUGCUCGCUCGCAUCGCCAGUGAUCGAUCUGUGGUUGUUGUACCUCUCAUUGAUGGAAUUGAUUCCAACAAUAUGGCCUAUUACCCUAUUCGGGAUGUGCAAAUUAACACCCUACGAUGGCAUCUUAUAUUUAAUUGGAUGUCCGUUCCGCAAAGAGAGUUGAAUCGUACCCAAAAUGAUGUAACGGCUCCCAUUCGUAUUCCAUCGCAUGUUGGAUGUGCCUUUUCAAUAGACCGUGAGUUCUUUUUUGAAAUUGGCUCAUAUGACGAAGGGAUGGAUAUCUGGGGCGCAGAAAAUGUUGAAUUGGCAUUUCGGGUUUGGUUGUGCGGUGGAGCACUUGAAGUACAUCCCUGUUCACACGUCGGCCAUCUUUACAGAGUGUCAACUUAUUCUUUCAACGGCGACGCACAAGUUAUUAAAGAACGAAACAAUAAUCGACUGGUCGAGGUGUGGUUGGAUGAAAAAAGUAAGGAGCUUUACUAUGCAGCUAGACCAGAAUCAAGAAAAUAUUCACCGGGCAAUUUGACGGAACGAUUCAAUCUGAAAAAGCGUUUACAAUGCAAGAAUUUCCAAUGGUAUUUGGACAAUAUUUAUCCGGAAAGCCUCUGGAAUCGAGAGUAUCACAUGAUGGGACUUCUGGCAAAUGUGGAACGGAAAGCAUGUUUGGAUAUUUUUACAGCAGCAAUUAGAGGAAAGCUUAUUGUAUACCGUUGUCAUGGAUUUGGUGCAAAUCAGUUUUUUGCAUUUGCAAAAUCGGGCCAAAUCAUUUCGGUGGAAGACCUGUGCAUCGGCGUCAAUCAUGAUAAAACAGUGAUUUUGGUGCAAUGCUCCGACAAUGACAAAUCACAACUUUGGGAUUUUGAUAAAAUGAAGGGAUGGAUUGUGCACAGAGAAAGUAGUUUGUGUAUGCAGAACAACCAAAGUGAUGUAAUAAUUGGAGCGUGCAACGCAACCGAUAUACGAACGAAAUGGGAUUUCAAAUCCACCUGGCGAAAAGAAGUGCCGGAGGCAGAAAAAUUAACUAUAGAGAAGGUUAAUUUAAAGAGCAACCCCUGAAAUCGAGGAUAAUAAAUUGAUUGUCAGUAAGAUAUAGUGUAAAAAAGAAACAUCUUCGAUUUGUAUUCAAAUAUAAUUUUAUUGUUGUUAUGUAUUUCGAAUUACUUUUUCAUUCACGAAAUCGUUUCCUACGAUUUGCUUUAUUUGAAGAGCAGUUCAGAUUAUUCAGGUACAUUCGUACAUGUAAUUAAGUUUCUGCUUGUCUUCUUUAGACAUACCCUUCCGAUUACCAAUAACAUUUUGUUUGCUUGGAUCCUUGAAAAAAUAUCAACACAUGAAUAGAACUUCAACAAAAAAAAUCCAAUUAAAUUGUAAUGUACUUUAGUUUUGAUAGUGAGUUUGCCAUUUUGCGAGAAUGAUUUUCCAGCAUAAUGCAUUAUGCUGCUAUAAUCAUAUUCGCCACCCAUGUGUGAUACUACGUUGUCACCCAUCAUUUCAAAUUGUCCAGCAUUACCUGGUUCAAUGUUUUCCCAUAAAAUCUCAACAUAUUUAUCCCGAUCAAAUGAACUUUGCAUAUGCAAGAACCCAAGAGCUGAAUCGGUAAACAAACAAUACAGUAAAUAAUUAACCAAAGAAAUGAAGAAAUCUGAAAAAAUUCAUUCCCACCAUGCAUUAUUUCAUGGAUAAUAAUGCCAGGAAAUUGGCAGCCCUUUGCUAAGUUCAAUACUUGUCUUGUGCCUAUAUAGCCUACAUUAGAAUAACAUCCACUCUUGGUAGCCUGCAACAAAUGAUAAUUCGAAUAUUUGAUGUUUUAUUUGAAUCAAAUUAUACACAAAACGAUCAAUUUUACCUGAAAAUGAACAUAGUUUGGUUCAUUGGUACGUUUUUUAAACUUAAUGCACGAGCCCGAUGAUAUAUGUGACAUUGCGUCUUGGAUUAACUUUUCCUCGCCACUCAAUUCAUCUCCAAUAUCAUAAAUGAGUGUAUUCCCAGGCCAACGUAAAUUUGGAUCAAUCACCCCAUUGAAUUGGUUAAAAGCGAGUUUUUGCUUUUCCGUCAAUACAAUGUCUCCCUGGAACCAUUUUCCAUAUUCAGGAUCUAAAGUAUAAAAAGAAAAAUACAAAAAUUCAACAGUUUUCUAAAAUUUUUGGCUUUUUCAAUUGUGAUUUUGACAACUUUCCUUCUUCGACUGCAUUUACUGCAGAAUCCAGAAUGAAAUCUAGUGAAAGAAACACGCAAAUUAACACCAACCAACUCAUGUCACAAUGCAAUGAUCGAUAUAUUAAGCUGAAACGUAAUACUUCUUAUCAAACAAGCCUCAUUUUGGCUUUUAUACUUUCUCUUUCUUCGGUCUAUUUGUUUUUCUAAUUAGUGCAAUUUCGUCAAUUUUUGAUUAGAAAAUUCCGCAAAAAUUCAUUCGACAUGCACCAAAACAACAGUUACGACAUUUCACAGAUUAGAAGCAAACAUGUAAUAUAUUACUUUUCCGUACACAUAGUGUCAAGAGAAAGUAUAGGAAUUGGUCCCGAAAACGUUUUUUUCCCGUAAAAUUAGUUUAGAUCAUGAAAAAUCAUGAAACGCAUAGAAAACAAGACCGCAGAGCUUCGCUUCGUUCCGCUCUGUGUUCUUGAGUUUUUAGUGACUUAAUCUAUUUUGUUGUUUCACAAAAAACUAUUUUUUGGUGCACUACAUGAAAUGUAUUUCAUCAAAGUAACUUUGAAGUAAUAUAUUUAUUUGCAAAAUGAAUUACAAGAUCUUCGUUUAAUUUCUUUUUUGAAAUAUACUGCCUUUGGUUUAAAUUAAAUAAAUAAUAUGAGCAUAGAAUCUAAAAUCACUUUAAUUCUAGUCAAGACUAGUAGCUCUACAUUUCAUAUAGUGCUAAAAAGUACGAACAACAGUAUGUACGAAGAUUCUUUUUAUUUCCUUCAUGUAUUUAUAGUAGAGUGGGCAGAAAAGGUGCAAGACUAGCGCAGCGAACGGAAUUAAUAAAUAUCAGAAUAAAUCUCAAGAAUGAAUCAGAAUAAAAAGAAAAUUGCAAUAAUGUGUCAAAGUGUGGAAUUUCAUGUAAAUCUAUUGGCAAAUAUGAGGUGUGAUCAACAGUUCAGAGUUCAAAGAUCUGAUUUCAAAAAAAGAGUGUUACUUGAUUGUGUGUGAUGAAACGAGCAAUAGCUACGUCGAGCAAAACCUAAUAUUGCCUUGAAUUCAUAGUAUUAUGAAAUGCCGAUUAGAGCUCGCAAAAUCCUACUGUAUCCGAGUGAAAAUAGUAAAGUUAGAAGUGAAGUUUUUUAAACAGGCUUCAUGAUUAUCACAUAAUUCAUUAUUUAAACGCAAUAAUUUACUAUGCUCAAUAAUAAUACAAUACCGAUGUUGCGUAGGGCUACAAUACUGAGGUUGUCUUUCUGAUAAGAGGCCAGUGACAGAAUUCUAAAAUUCGUUAGAGCAUAAUCACUGGGGUACUAAACUCAACCGAAUAUGGUUCAAAAAUCGCAUUAAAAUUGGAAAGAAUGAUAAGUGUUGUACGCUACAGUUUGCACAUCGUCUAAAGGUCUCUUCCGAUUAUUCUACUGGGCACAUAUCAGCUAGCAUGGUGAUACGCUACAAACAUGAAAUCAGUAUUCAUUUGACUGUAGCCGAAGUAACGUCACUUGUCAAAUAGUGUCCAUUUUUGAGCAUGAUUAAGAUUGCUCUUUUAUUCAUUUGCCGAAAAAAACGGAAAUACAAAGAGAUGUGAGCAUUGUGAAAACAAAAAUCGUAAAUUUUGGCACUUGAACUGAUAUUUACCGGAACCAACAAUCAUUGUAGUAAAGUGUGUAUCACACUUCACAUAUUUCGACAGUUACGAUAAUCGUCGCAGCAAAACGAUUUGAAGCGAGUGAAAAAAAGAUUGUGUAAAAUUCAACAGUUAAAAUGUCGUACGUGUUUUUACUUCCGAUCGCCGUAUUUUUGGUGUGUCAAAUUACAUUUUUUAGCACAAGUUUUGCUGCCAUUUGGCAAGGGCAUGCAUCUGCGCCGUAUAUUAGUGAUGGUGCGACACUUUCACCCGAGAGCUGUUUUUUCGGUCAGUUUGUGAAUAUGGGUGCCGUUUUACUUGGAAUCGUUGUCUACAUUCGAUAUCGCCAAAUUGAGGAGCUCAUGUACGAUUACGCUGACCUCAUCAAAUCCGUUGAGAAAAUGAACAAAGCAGCAAUGUGGUAUGGGUUUGCUGCAUGCUUGGGCUUAAGUAUGGUGGCCAAUUUUCAGUUGACAAAUGUGCCUAGCGUACAUUAUUUUGGUGCUUUAUCCUGUUUUGGAAGUGCAAGCGUUUAUAUUUGGUUUCAAGGGCAUAUAACGUAUUAUGCACGCGCCUAUACUGGAUCAUUGCGGAUGGCUUACUUUCGAUUUGGAUUGGCUUUUUUGUGUACGUACUUUUUCUUCGUCGCAAUUCUCACGAAUUGCGAAUCUGUUCGGGUGAUAUUUGGGGAGAAGCCACCGAAACACUGUAGCUACCAUGAAGUGAGCGUUACAUCCGAAUGGAUUGUUGCGACGAUACUUUGCAUAUACAUACUGUCAUUUACCGACGAAUUCCGGCGAAUCUCCUUGAACCAUCCGAAAAUUAUGAUAGACAAAAGUGAAAAUCUUAGUUUGACUGAAUCCAGUCAAGCCACUGAAUCGGUAUCCAUUUCCAUUGGGAUAGCGUCAACCAUUUCAACGGUUUCGGAUGGAUGUCGUUACAUUGAAACUCAUAUUCAGCUAGACGAUUCACCACUAUGUCAAAAAGGAGUGUCAACAAUAUGCCCACAAAAGCGAAUCGUGUGAAAUGCUUUAGUUAAUUUUAGUGUUUCAGAUGAUUUUAAGUUGGUCAUGCUAAUUAUUGAAUCCAAAAUGUAGCCACUUUUGAGGGGUUUUGUUUUGAACAGUGUUGCAAAUCAGUAGACAUCAAUAUACUAUACCAGCGGUAUAUACCGAAGUAUUCUUUUAUACAUAAUAUGAAGAAGAGCCUUUUGCAAUUAAAAAAAAAUGAUGCAAAGUCAUUAAAAAUGUUUGAAAUGUAAAACUUUAACAAGUUUGACAGUUUUUAGUUUUUUUGAGAUUGUUUUUACUAUGUGUUUAAUGAUUCUAAAGGCAUGGUAUAUUAUUCGUUGUAUAGACCGGUAUAUACCGUCACAGUAUACGGUAUAUCUCUCAACACUGGUUUUAAAACUAUAUCGCUGUUCACAUGUUUUAAGUCAAAAAUAAACUGAUUGCCAUUGAGUUUGACAUAGAGUAACGGUUAACUGAUCUCAUUGAAUCUCAGCAAAAUAAUGAUAUUCAAAUAAUGUUGAUAAAUCGAGGGAAACUUGUAAUUUAUACGAUAAUAGUACGGACACAGUUAAAUGUGUGGAAUUGAAAAACCAAAUCAAUUUAUUUGACAAAGUACGCACUAGAUAGACUUUCGACGUAUUUGAAAAUAGAAAGUAUAAAAGUAGUGCAAAUUUAUUUCCUCAUUGCCGCUAACUUAUUAGAAUGAAGUGUGUUCAAUUUAAUGGAAAAAAAAACUGUAACGGAAUAUUCCAAAUUCGAUGCAAAUGAUGAGAUUAGCAAAUAAAUGAAAAUAUUCAAUCGAAUAAAC